UUUAAAUUGGUCCCUAAUAGUUACUAGCCGGAAAAAUCUGGUCGCCAGUUGAAGGUAGAAGUAACAUGGUCGCCAAUUAUAUGUUUUAUGCAGCAACAGUAGCAAGUUGAUGCAAUCUAAAAGUAACGGAAAAACCUCAUCAUCGGCAGGACAGCUGACAAUAUUUUAUGAAGGAGAAAUAAAUGUGUAUGAUAAUGUUACUUCAAAUAAGGCACAAGCCGUUAUGCGGCUUGCUCGUGAAAGUUCUAUGUCCAGACCUAUUUCUAGAGAACAGUCAAAAACCGAAUUGAAGGAAACAACGGAUUUAAAAUUAAAUUGCAAGUUACAAUCAGAAGCAGAGCCUCCAAUUGCAAGAAAGCCAUCACUGCAACAAUUCCUUGAAAAACGCCAUCGCAGGAUAACAUGCAAAAAUCCUUAUUACACUCCAAGAGCACAACAAGAUCAAGAAUCUGCGAUAAAAAGAACAGACAAAAACCAUUCUGUCAUUUCUCUUUCACCUUUUCCUUCACGCUUAGAUUAUAUUUUCAUCGGCAAACAAUAUACAAAGAACUAGUAUGAUCUGUGGCAGAAUUAAAAUGAGACAAAGUGAGGUGGUUGUUCAAUUCUUAUUCCGGUUC